AUUUUCAACAUUUGUCUAUUUUCACUUCUACUCUAUAUUCUUUGGGCAUAUUUUGGUAUCAGAGCCAUAAGAGAGUGAGGUGAGAUUAUAUAUAUAGUCUUUUUGGGAUUUCAAUUUAGCAGUUAUUUAAGGUGCAUUGCAGGAUUUCCUGGAUAAUUGGUGUUCAACUUUUAUGUGGUAUAUUUAUUGGGUAUAAGUAAUUAAAAAAUGUGUUUUUUUGUUAUACCGGGGUAGUUAUGGUUAUGUGUGCAACUGUUCUUGUUGAAUUCGUGGCAGGCCGGCAGCUACUGCCAUUUAUUUAUAUUAUUCCAAUCCUACAUGUAUCCAAUGGUGAAUUGGACGGCUCUAACUGAAGAAUGCGUUGUGAUCAUAAUUGGAAUUGGGUUCUUGUGCAAAUCUCAACUUCUGAUCACAGCGGCUACUCCUAAGAUGUUGGAAUUCUUGAGGGAGCUCAGAAAUGUUAUGACAAUUGGUUUAGUUGGAGGUUCUGACCUUGUUAAGAUAUCAGAGCAGUUUGGAAAAUCAGUCAUUAAUGACUAUGACUAUGUGUUCGCUGAGAAUGGCCUUGUGGCUUACAAAAAUGGCACGGUAAUCGGAACACAGAGCUUAAAAUCAUUUCUUGGGGAAGAAAAGCUCAAGGAAUUCAUUAAUUUUACACUGCACUACAUUGCUGACUUGGAUAUCCCGAUUAAAAGGGGAACAUUUAUUGAAUUUCGAAGUGGGAUGCUCAAUGUAUCACCAAUUGGAAGAAACUGCAGUCAGGAAGAGCGAGAUGAAUUUGAGAAGUAUGACAAGUUUCAUAAUAUACGCCCGAAAAUGGUGUCAGUUCUCCGUGAAAAGUUUGCACACUUUAACCUAACUUUUUCCAUUGGAGGCCAAAUCAGUUUUGAUGUUUUCCCUCGGGGCUGGGAUAAGACAUAUUGUUUGAGAUACCUUGGUGAUUUUCAUGAAAUCCACUUCUUUGGAGACAAGACGUACAAGGGAAGAAAUGACUUUGAGAUAUACGAUUCUGAGAGAACCGUGGGUCACACAGUUACUUGCCCUGAGGAUACAGUCAACCAGUGUACUACUCUCUUCCUUAGCAAGCCAGACGGACAAGCCUGAUCUUGUCGUGUAUCGUUUCAGCAUUCAAUUGUAUUUCAUUGUAAUUGUACACUUCAUCAAUAAACUAGAAAAGGAGAUUUAGUCCCUGGGCACACGAGGCAGCAGGCUAAAUCUUUCGAAAGACGAGCAAGAUGAGGGGCUUUAAGCUUCUUGUAGCUUUCAGUUUGUGUGCCAUUUGUAAUUUUAACACGUCUUUAAAGCAUAGUUCAAAUAACAUAUGCAGACAUCUUUCGUACUACGUCCUCAACUGCUUUGCUGAAUUGACGUUCCUUAUUGUGAUAAUAAUUCAGGGUUUCAGAUAUUUAAAUAAAUAAUAUUUGUUGGUGUUCUAUUACUUUA